AUGGACAAGAAGCCUUCCGCCAGGAAAGGUCCAAAUUUCUGUUCAUUACGCUAUGGCCUGGCGCUCAUCAUGCACUUCUCCAAUUUCACUAUGAUAACCCAGAGAGUGAGUCUGAGCAUUGCCAUUAUUGCCAUGGUGAACAGCACUGAGCAGCAUGGUCUACCCAAUGCCUCCUCCACAGAAGAGCCUUUUGUAGACACUUUCAACAACCCCAGCAGACCCAUCAAGAAAUUCAAUAAUGGGGUAAGUGCCUCUGUUUAUGAAUGGAGCCCAGAGACUCAGGGCAUCAUCUUUAGCUCCAUCAGUUAUGGGAUAAUACUGACUCUGAUCCCGAGUGGAUACUUAGCAGGAAUAUUUGGAGCAAAACAGAUGCUGGGUGCUGGUUUGCUGAUCUCCUCCAUUCUCACCCUCCUCACACCCUUGGCUGCUGACUUUGGAGUGAUCCUGGUGAUUGUGAUUAGGACAGUCCAGGGCAUGGCUCAGGGAAUGGCAUGGACAGGUCAGUUCACAAUCUGGGCAAAAUGGGCUCCCCCACUUGAACGAAGCAAGCUCACAAGCAUUGCAGGAUCAGGGUCAGCCUUUGGAUCCUUCACCAUCCUCUGUGUGGGGGGACUAAUCUCACAGGCCUUGGGCUGGCCGUUUAUCUUCUACAUCUUUGGUAGCAUUGGCUGUGUCUGCUGUCUCCUGUGGUUCACAGUAAUCUAUGAUGACCCCGUGCAUCACCCAUGUAUAAGUGUCAGGGAAAAGGAGCACAUUGUAUCCUCAGUGGCCCAGCAGUCCAGUUCUCCCAGAAGAUCUGUCCCCAUAAAAGCAAUGGUCAGAUGCCUACCACUUUGGGCCAUUUUCGCAGGGUUUUUCAGCCAUUUCUGGUUAUGCACCAUAAUUAUAACAUACCUACCGACGUACAUCAGUUCUGUGCUCCAUGUUAACAUCAGAGAUAGCGGGUUUCUGUCCUCCCUGCCUUUUAUCACUGCCUCAACUUGUACGAUUCUAGGAGGUCAGCUGGCAGAUUUUCUUCUGUCCAGGAAUCUCCUCAGACUGAUCACUGUACGAAAGCUCUUCUCGUCCCUAGGGCUCCUGCUCCCCUCACUUUGUGCUGUGGCACUGCCCUUUGUGGCUUCCAGUUACGUGACAACCAUUAUUUUGCUGAUACUUAUUCCUGGGACCAGCAACCUGUGUGACUCAGGGUUCAUCAUCAACACCUUAGAUGUAGCCCCCAGAUAUGCAAGUUUCCUCAUGGGACUCUCAAGGGGAUUUGGGCUCCUCGCAGGAAUAAUCUCUUCCACUGCCACUGGAUUCCUUAUCAGUCAGGAUUCUGUUUCUGGAUGGAGGAAUGUCUUUUUCCUGUCUGCAGCUGUCAACAUCCUUGGCCUGGUUUUUUACCUCACCUUUGGACAAGCAGAAAUCCAGAGCUGGGCCAAGGAGAGGCCACUUACCCGCCUUUGA